GGUGUGCUUCAUGAAUCACUCUGCUGUGAAGCCAUGGCAAUGAAGUUGAUUUGUGGUUGUGUUCUGGCAGUGGCCCUGCUUGGCUGUCUGGCUGAUGCUGGAUAUAUUAGUCGGCCCCAGGAUCCCAAACCUCAAAAGCCAUAUAAUCCACCCAAUAGGCACACGCCUCAGCAGCCUCAGCAGCCUCAGCAGCCUCAGCAGCCUCAGCAGCCCCAGCAGCCCCAGCAGCCCCAGCAGCCCCAGAAGCCCCAGCAGCCCCAGCAGCCCAAGCAGCCUCAACAGCCUCCAGAUGUAUUUCACACUUGUGAAGUGAGUGAGGUCUACAAGAUACAAUGUGGGGCUCCUAGCAUUUCUGCUGAAGAGUGUAAUGUUAUAAACUGCUGCUUUGAUGGACGCAUGUGCUAUUAUGGCAAAUCUGUGACUCUUCAGUGCACCAAAGAUGCCCAGUUCAUCUUGGUGGUGGCCAGAGAUGCCACCAUACCCAACCUCGACUUGGAAACAAUUAGUUUCCUUGGGAAUGAUCCAAGCUGCAGUCCAAUGGGUACCAGUUCAGCUUUUGCCAUCUACCAGUUCCCUGUCACAGCCUGCGGCACAUUCAUGUCGGAGGAGCUUGGCGUUAUAACCUAUGAGAACAGGAUGUUCUCCUCAUUUGAAGUCGCAAUUGGACCCAAAGGAGUCAUUACCAGAGACACCAGCUUUGAGCUACUUGUCAAGUGUAGAUAUAUUGGAACCUCAGUUGAAGCUCUGGUCAUUGAGGUUGGCCUGGUUCCUCCACCCCCCCAAGUUGCAGCUCCUGGACCCCUGCGUGUGGAUCUCAGGCUGGGCAAUGGACAGUGUUUCAACAAGGGCUGUGUUGAAGAGGAGGUGGCCUACUCUUCCUUUUAUCAGGAGGCCGACUACCCUGUCACAAAGGCUCUCCGGGAUCCUUUGUACGUUGAGGUCAGAAUACUUGAGAGGAGUGAUCCCAACAUUUUCUUGACUCUUGGAAGAUGCUGGGCAACUUGUGAUCCCUAUCCUCACAGUCUUCCUCAAUGGGACUUGCUGAUUGAUGGCUGCCCUUACCGUGAUGACCGUUACCAGACCGCCCUCGUGGCAGUGGGUCAAUCACUGGAUGUUAUGAACCCAAGCCACUACAGCCGUUUUGUCUUCAAGAUGUUCACUUUUGUAUCUACUGGUAAUUUCAAUCCGUCCAAGGGAGGGGCUGCAACUCCAGAAAACUUUACUCCUCUCAGGGAAAAGGUAUAUAUACACUGUAAUGCAGAUGUGUGCCAACCCUCUCUUGGAAAUAAUUGUCAACCUAGGUGUUUCAGAAAGAGGAGAGACCUUUCUGCUACCAUCCAGAAGGGCAGGGAGGAGUCCACUGUGGUUAGCAGUCCAGAGAUUGUCUUCGUUCAGUAACAACAGUAUUUAGUAAAAACAUCCAGACAGAACUUUUU